AUGGGCAUCUUGGGCUGGUUUGGGUUGGGUCGAAACGGGCUAAAAAGUCUACUGGGCUGGCUUGAUUUGGGCUCACACUUCAGUUCACCGUCACACGAACUAGUAGUCAGUUCAGUCACGAGCCGCGCAAGUUCCUCGGCGGCGGUGGCGGCGGCGGCGUACGCGUACGCCAAGCAGAGCGCGGGGCCGCUCCGCCGGGGCGUGGACCACGUCGAGGGCGCCGUCAAGGCCGUCUUCGUUCCCGUCUACGACCGCGUCCCGCUCCACCUGCUCAAGUUCCUCGACCGGAAGGAAGUUUCGAAGGGUUUUGGCAUUGGUUUCAUGUUACGAUUGAAAUCAACUAAUACAGUAGCAAUUUGGGAUUUUUUUAAGAUGUCAGAAGCACUUGAGAAAGAUAAGGAAAUUGGUGAAGAGGAAGAGGAGGAGGAAGAAGAGUAUGUAUUGCUAGAGUUCGACAAUUGUCUUUAUUCAGACAUAUCGCCAGGUGCUCCGUUCGUACUCUCUGGUUUGGAUACAUUGACGCCUACCUUGAUAGUAGGUGACAGUCUGAAGAUGAUCGGAGAAUAUGAAGAAACUGUUGGCACCUGCUAUCUAUUCUCUGAAAGUGAAGCUGAACCAAAACCUACAAGUGAUGAGAUGGCACCUUCUGAAGAAAACACAGACAAACCAGCUAGCAGCAGUAAGGAAGCCCCCUCAAAGGAGGUGAACCAUCUCGCCAGCGUUCAAAAGAUCCUCAAAUUUCGUCCAAUCAAUGUGGAGCAUUCGCAGCAUCGAGCAUAUCAGCACAAGGAUAAGGAACUCUAG